CUCCUCCUCCUCCUCCUCCUCCUCCUUCUCCUCCUCCUCCUCCUCCUCCUCUGCUCCUCCUCGUCCCCCCUCCGCGCCGCAGGAGCAUGCUGCCGGCGUGAAGAAGGGAUGAGGCCGCGGACGGGGACUCCAGCGGGCCACAGCUCCGGCCUCCUUCUCACCGACGCCGCUGCAGGGGCCGCGAACGCCACACCGUCACCGUCAUCGCAUCAGCAUCUUUGGUCAUCGGGUAGAUCCAGGAGCAUGAGCAGAACUCUGAGCUGCGGGAGCAGAUGUCUGGCUACAAGCGCAUGCGGCGGCAGCACCAGAAGCAGCUGAUCGCCCUGGAGAACAGGCUCAAGGCCGAGAUGGACGAGCACCGGCUGAGGCUGCACAAGGAGCUGGAGACGCAGGCCAACGACACUUACGUGGAGCUGGAGAGGCUGGCCAAGCGCCACGCCGCUCAGACCGACAAAGAGAUGAAGUCGGUGUGUGGCGAGGAGAGGAGGAUCCAGCAGCAGAUUGUGGCUCAGCAGAAGAAGGAGCUGACGGCCUUCCUGGAGAACCAGAAGAAAGAGUACCGACUCUGCAAGGACAAAAUCAAAGAGGAGGUGAGCGAGGACCCGUGCGCCGGCAAGGAGGAGAAGCAGGAGCGCCUGUCGCGCCACAAGGAGACGCUCCAGCGCUCGCAGGCCGAGGACGAGGCCGAGCUGCUGGCCCAGCAGCGGCGGGUCUACGAACGCAGCUGCCGCGCGCUCAAGCGCCGAAGUCUGCUCAGGAAGCACGACUUCGAACAGGAGCAGCUCCGAGAGGAGCUGAACAAGAAGAGGAGCCAGAAGGAGAUGGAGCAGGCCCUGCAGAUCCGCCAGGACGAGGCCACGCAGGCGCUGGAGCGCCGGCAGCUGCGAGCGCUCCACAAGCUGCGCGACGAGCUGCUGCGGCUGCAGCACCGCACCGAGCUGGACAACCAGGACGAGUACAACGGACGGCGCCAGCGCGAGCUGACGCGCAAACACGCGCUGGAGCACCGGCGCCAGCCCCGAGACCUCAAGGCGCUGGAGCUGCAGAUCAAGAAGCAGUUCCAGGACACCUGCAAGGUCCAGAACAAGCAGUACAAAGCCCUGCGCACCCACCAGCUGGAGGUCUCGCCCAAAGCCGACCACAAGAGCCUCCUCAAGGGCCUCAAGGAGGAGCGGACCCGCAAGUUGGCCGUGCUGGCCGAGCAGUACGAGCGCUCCAUCAACCAGAUGACGGCCUCGCAAGCGAUGAGGCUGGAGGCCGAGCAGGAGUCGGAGUGCGAGGCCCUGAAGCAGCAGCUGAAGCAGGAGAUGGAGCUCCUGGACGCCUACCAGACCAAGACCAGGUCCCAGAUGGACAGCCAGCACGAGCGGGAGCUGCAGAAACUGGAGCAGAAGGUCUCGGUGCGCAGGGCCCACCUGGAGCAGAAGAUGGAGGAGGAGCUGUCGGCUCUGCAGAAGGAUCGCAGCGAGAGGAUCAAAACGCUGCUGGAGCGUCAGGAGCGAGAGAUUUUGGCCUUCGACAGCGAGACUCGCGUCCUGGGCUUCGGGAGCUUGGGCUCUCUGGACUUCUUCCCCAAAGACGACAACAGAUGAGAGCCCACCGCCGGCCGGCCGGCCGACCGACCGACCGACCUUUCCUUUCCUUUCCUUUCCUUUCCUUUCUUUUUUUUUGUGGGUUGGGGGUGGGGGGGGGGGCGUCGGAGAACUCCUUUGGAGGCCAGAAUCUGCUCCCAUCUUCUCGGCGGGAUUCGGACUCCUCCUCCUCCUCCUCCUCCUCCUCCUCUUCCUCUUCCUCCUCUCUCUUUUUGGUAUGACGUGAAAUCAUUCAGGAAAUUUUUUUGCUAAAAUGGGCACUUUGAUAUGUUUCCGUAGAACUUUGUCGUCUGCGUGUGUGUGUGUGUGUGUGUGUGUGUGUCGAACAGGGGUGGGCAAAGUACGGCCCGGGGGUCGCCCGGGCCAACUCUGUUCUUUUACACUUCCGAAAUAUAUAUUUUUUUGCAUUCUUGUAACGUUUCCCUGCAGCAAUCGGUUAGUCCACGUUUUAGAUUCAUUUUCCUCAAAUAGUCGGUUAAUUGAUUUAUUCUAGAUGAUUUCAAAAUAUAUAUCUUUUUAGUAGAAGAUUUUAAUAAUAUGUAUCUUUAGCUGUUUGGUUAUUUUGUAAAAAAAAAAAAAAAAAAAGAAUUCAGUGAAUAACGGUGAAAGGUAUAUGCUAAAAUAUUUAUUUGAAUUAUGUUAAAAUUUACAAUCAGUCCACGAAGCAGUAAUUCAAUUGCGUCAAUGAAGACGUUUAGAAGGUAAUAUUUUGUUUUAUAUAUACAUAUUUAACAUUCCAAAAAUAUUUCAUGAAAUCUUAAUUCCAUUUACAUGAAUUCUAAAUACAUAAAUGUAGUAUCGAUCAAUGAAACAAUUUGAUGUCAUUUUCCUCCACGUGGUUGUUUUCCCAUUUUGAAAGUCAAAUAUGGCCCGUAUUGGGUUAAUUUCUUAUCGCAUUUUGCGGAUACGAGCGACUUGACUUCUGAGUUUUCGGCAGGCAGAUUUUUUUUUUUUUUUUGUGUAUGCGACAAUUGAUUUUACUUAACGGAGAACAAAGCGAAUAAAACGUUUCGUAUUUGGCGCCACCGAAUCGCUUUGCGUCGAGGGGCUCUGUUAGCUUCGUGCUAACGCAUACUGGGAAACGCCACUGACAGGCUAACAGUAAGCGUCGGCGUCUCGGUAUUAUGACGCGGAACUUGCGAUUGUCUUCGUGUUUUUCCAUCGGCACGUUGGUACGAAACUGCCCCCGUGUGCGCAAGGCACAAUGCCACCCCCCUCCCUCCCUCCCAGAUUUCAAAAAUGUUGUUUUUUUUUUUUUUUUUAGGUUAAACGGAUUUCUGGCCUUCGUAUUGUUUGAAAUGUCAAGUGCGCAAACGUCGCCCAGUCGUACGAUUUGGGAGGCAAAAUGGCGACGGCACCAACGUUGACUUCUUACUUCGUCCUUUUUUUUUGGGGGGGGUUCCUUUUGAAGCAAAAUUUGGCCCUCGUGCACAAAACGUUUGCCCACCUCUGACGUGGAGGAGCGACAUUGUGGAAUGUCAGAUGCUCCUCCUCUUGUCUGUCCUCCUCUCAUUUCUCCUGUCCUUCUCCUUCUUCCCCUCCUCAUCGUCAUCCUCCUCUUCCUUCUCCUCCUCCUCCUUCUCUCUUUCUGUUUCUCCUCCUCCUCCUCCUCUCCUUCUUUUUAUGCUUCUCUUCCUACCUGUCCUUCUCCUCUUUCUUCUUCUCCUCCUCCUCCUCCUCCUCCUUCUUCUUCUCUUCUUCUCUUUCUUCUCCACUUUUCUGUCCUUCUUUUUCUUCUUCUCCUUCCUCCUAUGCUGUAUCCUGUCCUUCUCCUCCUUCUUCUUCUCUGGUCCCCCUCUCCUUUCUUCUUCCUCUCCUUCCUCCUGUCCUCCUCCUUCUUCUUCUUCUCUUCUU